CGACUCGCAGAGCGGUUUAUUCGUCUGUCGACCGCUUACCGAACCACACGGCUCCAAAGAGCUUAAGCGCGCGGCGAAAACUCAAGUUUUGUGAAUUAAAAGAAAGUUUUUUUCCAUUGAAUGUUAUUGAACUGAUCAAAAUGUCUACUAUACUUGAAGUUUGUGGACCUCUCUCACCACCAUCGACGCCUCCGUUGUUUGAACACAAAGUCGAGUUACCUCUGAAGAAGGCUGCAAUGAAGCGAGCCAGGGAGUCGCCACCCCCGAGUAGUGGCUUAGUCACUCCCCAGCCUUCAGACUCGGAGGGCGAGGACGAGUUCAGCAAACGCUCCCGGUGCGAACUGGAGCGACUGCUGCUCACCACGCCACCGCCGGAGCCUUGCCGGCCCUCCGUCAUCAUGCGGGCGAACAAGGACGGCACCUGCAGCCCCGUCCAGGCAGCGCCGCCCAAAGACAUGAACAUUUUGAAAACUCUGAAAUUCAAAAUGAAUCGCGGCCAUAGUUAUUCACAAGUGAAAUAUAUCGCGACCCAAAAUCAAAGUGUUCCCAUUUCUGAACCCGUCACCCCCAUGAAAACUGAGGAAGCGCGGGUUCCCUCCCCGCACUCCGAAAGUCAACCCAAGCCGGCGAAAGAGGAGCAACGCGUACCGCAGGUGAGCCCUGUGUCUGCGGCCCCCGGCUGGGUGCCUUUGGCUCCGAGGCCCGCUCCCUCCAUCAUCGUCCCCGGGGCGUUACUUCCGACCACAGCUCUGUGGUUAGUGGCGCCAGCACCCGCCGCAAGAAGACGUCUUUACGAGUGUUCACAUCCUGGUUGCGGCAAAAAUUACUUCAAAUCUUCCCACUUGAAAGCUCAUGCCCGCACGCAUACUGGCGAGCGGCCCUUCAGAUGCGCGUGGCCGGGCUGCGAGCGCAGGUUCUCGAGGUCCGAUGAGCUCUCGAGACACAAGCGCACGCACACAGGCGAGAAGAAAUUCGGUUGCCGCGUUUGCAAUCGCCGUUUCAUGCGCUCCGACCACCUCGCUAAGCACGUUAAGAGACACGCCAAAGAAAGGGCUCCUCCGGCCCCAGUUCUCCGCCUGCUGCCGUCGCCGCCCAUGACCGUGCCGGUGCAACCCGUUGGGCCGGCACAGUGAGCCGCUCAACACCCCGACUGUGAUUCAGAUCUCAAGAUCGUUACCUAGUUAUAGUUUUACUCAUCUUUAAGACUGUCCUAUCGACUACUCAUGUAGUUCUAGAUGUAAGCAAUAUGUUAUUAGCGCUGCUAAGCUUCCAGAUUAAAUUAAACGUUAAUGUUUUCUACUA